UUUGCAUAUGCACGAAUUCAAAAAUUGAAUGGAGCGUUCUGAUUGGUCGGCUCAUUUCGCCUGCGUGCGUCGGCACAUACUUCGAGAAACUCAAUCGUCGCGAUGUUCAUGUAAUUGUGGAAUAGCCGCGGUGGAACAGUCGACGUCGCAAAGCCUCUCCGCGUUUCUCGCGAUUUUGGGUCGCCAAAGACGAGUCUCGCGCGCGAAUCAUCCCCGGGAGGUCGAAAGUAAGUCUCGCUCGUGUGCGUAGCAAAGUGUCGUCGAAUAGUGUCGAAAUCGGGAUCGGGAAUGUCGAGUGCGGCAACGAUCCUUUGCCAGGUUAGGGCGGUUCGGAGCUCGACCGUCGAGCUUCGUUAUUUCGAUUGCGCCGAAGGAGUCUUGCGCGUGAAUCAUCAUCGAGAGCGUCGAAAACAUGUCUCGCGUGACCAUUGCGGUAAAAUAUCGACAAAACUCAGCUGUCGGGAAUGUCGAGUAGUGUCGUACAGUCAUCGAGAUGCGAACCGUAGCAACGUACGCCUGAUGAGGUACAGUCUCGUAUAAUAAUCAUAGGCCGAUAUUCAUAGUCGAAUCUUAUUCAAGACCGUCUUAAGUAAUGUCUUAAGAUGCGAAUAUGACUCGGUGAAUUGGUUCAUGACAUCUUAAGACAGUACUUAAAAUGAUCUUAAAUAUAAGAUCGAACUAUGAAUACCGGCCAUAGACGUGGGGGUGCUGUCGGUAAGUUUCGUCAUAGCAGUCUUGUUGAUAUUUCGGAUAUCAGAGCCAUCUCGAGCAUAUUACGUAUGUGCGAAUUUGAAAGUUGAACGGAGCGUUCCGAUUGGUCAGUCCGCGUCGCCUGCGCGCGUCGGUCUAUACUUCGAGAAACUCAAUCGUCGCAAUGUUCAUGUAUUUGUGUAAUAGCCGCGUUGCAACGUUCGGUGUCGGAAAGCCUCUCCGUGUUUCUCGCGAUUUGGACUCGCCAAAGAUGAGUCUCGCGCGCGGGUCAUCUCCGGGAGUGCCGAAAGUAAGUCGUAUGCGUGACAAAGUGUCGUCGAAUAGCUGCCGGAAUCGGAUUUGGGAAUAUCGAGAGAACAGUAGCAAUCGCUAUGGCAGUUCGGAGCUCGAUCGCUGAGCAUCGCGUUUUUGACUCCGCUGAAUUCUCGCGUAGAAGGAUUUCAGGUAAAAUAAGUGAAGUAUCGAAAAGUCAUCGAGGAAGGCUCUCUCGUGAAAACGGCCUGUCGAAAGCGCCGAGUAACGUUCGCGCGUUUUCUUCGAGUAUCUCAAUCGGCGUGGUAGUUAGUCAAUCAUGCGACAGAUUGCAGCGCUGCAGUCCAGAUUCCAAAGUCCAUUUCACAUUUCUCGGAAUUUCAGUUCGCGAGCCUCGUGCGCGGUAAUCGUCGUGUCGAAAGUAAAUUUCGUGCGUCGUAGCGAAGCAUUUUCAAGCAGCCAAAUAUCCCAUGACGGUUUAUAGAAACGUUUUCGGUGCAUUAGAAUAUCGUGUACUCUAAUGAUGUUGAUAACGUAAAAUGUGGCACACAUUUCUAAAUUCUUUCUGCACACAUUUGCUAAGGAUAUUGCUAGGGAGUUCGGACAUUAAUUGAAAUUGAAGUUAAAGUUCGAAGGACAGAGUCUCGCCAAUUGGACGACGCGCGAUAUCUCGGAUCCAUCGCGUUCGCGAUCGGUGCGCGACGUGAGCGUGCUUAUCAAGAGCCGCUUCCCGCGGAAGAGCGCCGUCCUUGCGUCCCCUUUAAAAAGCCUCGGUGACGGUGCGGCGCGACGCGGGCGGAAGACGGGCCCCCGAGGGGUGGAUAGAAGAGAAGAGCGAAAUGGAAAAAGGUGUACCGUUCUCCGGCGGAGGUAAACGAGCGGCAUGGCGCGGGUGGGAGAGCGAGAGCCGCGGUGCGCUCGCUCGUUCGCUCGCCUCCUCCUCAGGGUCCCGAUUCCGUGGCGCGGUGAAGGCGCGCUAGGCUCGCGCGGCUCUCGCACUCGCCCGCGAGACGCCGAGCGACAAGCAGUGGCAAAGCACGAAGGAAGAGAAAGAGAGAAAGAGAGAGAGAGAGGCAAGCGCGGAACGGCAGCGCUCACGCACGUCAGCACGCGUCAUCACGCAUUCACGCACCGCUUUUCGCCCGUCGCCCGUCCCGUCGCCGCCCCUCCUGCGGGUCGCGCGAUGUAAACACGGCGGCCGCAGUUCGGCAGCAGGUGGUCGCAGGUGCGAACGCGGUGUUACGUCGCUCGCGCGCUCCGACGACACCACCACUAGAGGCCGCCCGGUCCCCCGAGGAAGUCGCCGUGUUCUCGUCGUCGCGGCGAUCGACAGUGAUCGUGACACAGUGCAUGACAUCCGUCCGUUCCCCGCGUUCUAAAGAUCGCAGUGCGUUAUUACAUACCGUUCUUCCGCGAACGGUGCAGUGAUCUCUCGUGCCAGCCCGGGUUCGAUUGUGUCGGAUCGAGAGGGAGACAGAAGAAGAGGGAAAGAGAGAAGGACAGAGGAAAGCCGGUGCCGUGGGAAACGGAGCAACGUCGCGGGUUUAUCGAUGCAAGAUGAAUGGCGAAUCGUGCACACCAUAGAGACGCCAGGUCGGCAUAGAAAUGGGCAACAACAGCAGCAGCUCCCAUCAAUAUUGCGCGUCCAACGGGCCGUCGCACGAGAUUGGACGCGGGUGGACACAGUCGUUCCCCCGGGAGCUGGCUAGGCAUCAUCCUCAGCAGUCGGGACACAAGGUCCUGCCGGAGCCGCCCAAUCAGCGGCUGCGCGCCACCAAUAAUGGAAGCAUCAUUCACAACGGGGGAACCAUAAGCGGCCGCAGGCCGCCGGCCCUCACGCUUCCGCACGACCUUAAUAAGCAGGGAAUAUUCCGCAGUCGCAGCACCUCGGCGUCCAACAUCGGCGCGUCGCGCGGCCGCAGGCUCGAACAGCACCGUUGCUGCCAUCACCGGAACGAGUCGUGUUGCAUGGAGAACGAGAUGCAAGAGCUCAAGAGGUUCGGCAGCGAGCCUGAUCUGCGGUACUCGCCCAUGGAGCGAGAGGCGCGCUGCAACGGGAAGCAGCACGCGAUGGAACAGCACCGGCACUGCGGAAGCGGACAUUAUCCCGAGAGGGACUCUAGGGAGCGGGAGAGCCGCUACAAGGGCAAGAAGAAGUACAAGGCGCCGGCGCCGCCGUCGAACGGCCUCGUGGACGGCUCAUCUCCGGACUCCUACAGAUACACGGAAUCCAGUCAGGAUCGGCCAGGUGGCUGCCGCGACGAGGAGGUCCAGCCGCAGCCGCCAAGGCGGUCGCGUCUCUUCAAGACGCGUGCAGAAACGAAGAGGGCGCAGGUCAACUGGCUCUCUUCGUCCGCGUUGUCUUCGCAAGCGAACGUGGAACGUUGCGAAAACAUCAAUGGUCCAGAACACGAUCGGAGGUGGCGGGGCGGCGAAGACGGUCGCGCCGGACACAACAAGGAGAACAGACUCGCCUGGCGCAACCAGAACAACCACCAUCAGCAGGAGCGGUGGUGCCGCGAAGAGCAGAGGCGCUCGCGGGUCCUCGACGGGAAGAACACGUUGCAGAGGAGCAUGAGCAGCCCAGAGUUCCAGGCGGAGCUGAUGCAGGUCGCCAGGAAGGUACGCAACAAGCUUAACUGCGGCGGGAGGUCGUCCGUGGACUCGGCGAAGGUCGCCUCCCUGGAGCGCACGAGUGACGCCGAUCGAUGCGCCAAGGAGCCGAAGGUCGAGGAGUCGAAGAGGCCGGAGAAGCGGUCGGCGAGGAACGAGGAGGGAUCUCCCGAGGAGCAGCGCGUGAUGAUCGAGGACAGGAUGGUCGAAGAGAGGCGGUUGAUCGAGCGUUGUGCUCGAUCCGAAACGAGCAUUUACGAAGAGCGCAAGGGCAACACGCGUGACCAUCCCGCGAGGAUUACCAAGGAUUACCUGGAGGAGAGGCAAGCGGAAACGGGCUCGGGCGGUAAGAGACGACUAGUUGAGAAAUCGACGACGCUUGAGGAGUCGUCCGCGCCGCUGCACCGGGAUAACCCGCGGGAACGAAAAGGCGCGAAGGAUCACUUGGACGCUGCGAGACAUCCCGCGGUCGGCGAGAGGUCCUUCCCGUCGGAGAAAGGGCGGCGGGAGCUCAUGGAGGACUAUCAGCGGGCGAAGAGCGUGGCAAGGACUCGGAAGUACGAGCAGACGAUGGAUCCGGGAAGAAGCAGAUCAGAGAGCCCGGCGAUCAAGGUCUCCGGCAGGGACAGGGUAUCCUCCUCCUCGGAUCCUCGCGGCCAAGGUUCCGGUAGGGAGAGCACGCCCGAGCGCACGGAGGCCAAAGAGAGAGAAAAGGAGAAUUCAGAUCGUAGAUGGCGGAAGAGCGACGCUAGGAAUACUGAUGGCGCGGCGGACGAGAGGAGGUGGCCCGAACCAGUUCCCGCGACGGAGAAGAGGGACGCAAAAUCCAAAGAGAAGCUUGCGAGGAAGGCAGAAGCCAAGGAAGCGCGCGAGAAAAAUUGGCACGUAUUGCCAUCAUCGGAGAAGUCCGCGCCGAAGACCUUCUACUUCGGUAUGGACGACGCACUGUCGAACGAGCCGCGGAAUUGCGUGGACCAGCAGAUGGAGCAGAUUCAAGCUAGGUUGCAAGCCAGAGAAAUUAACGGAUCGAACGAAUGCAUGCUUGAUUACACGGAUGAUGGGAAAAGCGGCAUGGAGGAUAUCUCGUUGAAAUUGCGACCCACGCUGCCGAAGAAGCAACUGGAGAUCCCGCGAUUUUCACCGUCGGCAGCGUGGAGAUUGUUGUCGGCGCUGGAGGCACCUGGACCAACCAUGAGCACAGCGAGCGAGGAAAUCCCGGUGAUGUUCGAGGAGCGCAUCGAACGUCUGUCGAGGCCACCCCCGCCGCUGAUCGCUCUCGGUCCACGAAGCUCGCAUGACAAGUCGGGCGACUCUGGAAUAUCCGGUGACGCUGGCGCGGCUAAUGACGACUCUCUGGACGUGAGCACUACCAACAGACUGAAGACACCGGCGACGAGGCCGACGUGGACUCCGCAGCAGGACUUGGGUGAGGAGUCGAGCAGCGACGCCGGGGUGGAUUCACCACCGCCCAUGCCGACUCCAGUAAAAUUUCCGCCUAGGGCGCACGUAUUCUCGUUGUCGUUGCCGCGCGACGACAACCGCAUGUACCUGUACAAUCCAGAUGCGAAGGGCAAAGAGGGCUCGACGUUCAACUCGCUGCAGAAGCUGAAGAGGUCGGUGUCAGGUGCUCUGGGACUCGGACCGCUCGACCUCGAGAGGAAGCGCACGCGCGACGUCCUCGACGACAACUGGCUGUUGUCGACGAGCGCUCCGACGUCGCUGCAACACACCCAAAUCACGGACGCGACGCGAUCCUCACCGCCCGGCUGGAAACCCAGCUUCGACGACGAGGACGAUGACGAUGAAGAUCUGGAAGUGGAUCUUGAGGACCGCGGUGACUUCCCCGUUAUCAUGAAGCCGCCCUCCUUCUCUUAUUUAGCCUCAGGUGGUCACGUUAUGUACCUUCCCGAGUCCAACGACUCGCAGUACCAGACGCAGAGCUUGAAUUGCAGGAGCAACGUGAUGACGGACAACGAGAAGAACUCCGCCAACAAUGGCGGGCCGAAAUAUCGCAAGAAUGGCGUGGAUGAAUUCAGGAAGCCUGGCAAAGAUGUGGAAAGGACGAACAAGUACUCCAAAGACUCGACCGUACUGAAGGACAAGCCAUUUGCGAGCGACGGCAAGAUGAGCAACAAGUUCUCCAAGUCGUGCGAGAACAUCUCCUCGGAGAUGAAGCAACGGAGCAGCUCGCCGCCCAUCGGCGGCCAGCAGAACCUGCAGGACGACAAGGAGAUUGCGCCGGAGGUGAAACUGCCGUUGAAGAGCAACUCGAAGGGUCGCAGGUUCACGUUCCAGAGCACCGUGAGGCAGAUCGAGAGGCGCAGAUUAGCGGAGAAGCUAUCGCGCGAGGCCGAAGCCAAGGAGAGGCAGAGGAAAGGCGAGCUGGAGGCGAUGCGUAAAGUGGAGGAGGAGUUCCAGCGGAAACGAGCCAGGGAGAAGGCGAACAUCAGGCAGCAGCUUCGCUUGUACAGCAUGGACGAGAACCUCAGCAGCCUGCCCACCGUGUGGGACAGCUCGCAGUUGUCUCGCGCGGAUCCCGAUGGUGCGCCGUCCUCGUCCGCGUCGUCACCAACGUCGGUGCCACCAGCGAAAUUGACCACCAUACGGAAGAGCAGCGUCAGCAGCGACGAGUACCUGCGCAAAAGAGCCCCGAGUGCGGACUCCAGGCAGCACCAGCAUCAACACCAUCAGCAGCCGCAGCAGAGAGAAUACAAAGAUUAUCGGCCAAAGUACUACGACUGGGCACCGGAAUCGUCGUCGCACCUGGAAUACAAGCAGACCACGGUGCAUCCCAAGGUGGUUUGCGACAUCCCCAAAAGCUCACCUGUCUUUGUGGACGCGAAUCCCAGCAAAGCCGCGAAUCUGAGCUCCACGCCCAGGUCCGAUAAUUACAGGAAAGAUUUUGCUCACGGGGCCGUGGCGGCGAGAUCCUCCUUAGCGAGCAGCGACAGCGAGCUAUCGCAACCGAACACGAGGCCGCAUUCCAGGCAGGCCGGCGGCAAGAGCAAGCCCCUACGCUCUAGGGAGAGAGUGUCGAAACGGAGCGAAAAGAGUAAGAAACGGUUAACUAGGUCGGCUAGCCCAGAACGCAGCGAGGAGGCCGCCAGCUCGGAGGACGAGAGCCCGGUGGAGCCGAUCAAGCAGGAACGAAGCCCUAUGAAUGGCUUCGUAUUGAGCGCAGUGCAGCCUUUCGUGAGGGAGAAGAGCUAUCGACCCAUUUCCUUCAAUCCGCAGUCACCUCCGCCUAUACCGACUAUGAUCUGGUCGAACAAUCACUUGGGUGCGGCCUACUACAACAUUCUCACGUCCGAGUUGUCUGUGAUGGAUGACACCUACGACGAUGGCGUUUACUUCAACAUCAUGAAGGCAUUGUACAGACAGUGCCAGCCGCGCUACGUCAUCACGAUCUCCGGCACGCCCGAGGAGUUUCUCGCCGCGAUCGAGGCUCUGGUAACGUCGGAAACGACGUCGAGCGAUCCGAACAUGUCGACGAGCAGCAGCGAUGGGUCGGCGGGGGUCUCACUCAAAGUGAUGCGGAAGAAGGAGCACAGCUUCGACAGAUGCUAUCACAGGGUGCGAUGCCUUAAGCUCCAAUCGGAACCGGCGAACGCCAACAACGUCGAGAGGCUUGUCUUCCUGCAGGGUCUAUUGAACUUCAAAUCGGUCGUCAUGAUCCACGCGUUGGGUCUACUCUUGAUCUACGUCGAUCACCAUUGGGCCAAUCUCGCGUUGGAUCCUUCCGGCAAGCCCAACUUCGUGUCCUUGACUAGCGUGAUGUUACGCGAUAUCGUCAUGAUGGACGACGAUACUUACGAGGCGUUAAAUAUCGUGCACGCCAGACACCAUCCGAGCUUCUUCAAGUGUGGCGACGUAGCGUCGAAGAAGCAAAGCAGCAGUCUUUUUACCCUUUUGAAUCGUUGCCAAUCGCGUCCUGGAGCGCAAUUCCUGUGGAAGACGCUCCGACAUCCUACAAGGAACGUCGAGAUUCUUAACGCGAGACUUGAAGUGACUGAAUUCUGUCUGAAACCGGAUAACCAGAGUACCGUUGAAACUUUGACGUCGUGUUUGAAGCACCUGUAUCGUUUGACUAAUGUCACUCUGGAUCGAUACUUGGUGCAGCAAGCUAAAAUCUACGAUUGGCGACGUUUGUACAAGACGGUCUCUUCUAUAACUUACAUCGCCGACAUAUGCGAGAAGCAGCGCAACAAAGUAAGACUGUUCGGCAAAAUCGUCGACAGCGUCACGAACGAUGUACGAUAUGUCAAGUAUUUCCUCGAAUACUUAGUGGAUUUCAGCGCCAAAAAGUCCGAGAACGAUUUCAUCGUUCGACCGAACGUCGAUUCGCAUUUGGAUAAGUUGCAUCACAUGAGAAGCACUUUACCCGAGACGCUGACGCAAAUGGGACAGAAAGAUCUGCAGGAAUACCUUCCGCCGUCGGUGACGACCUGCAAGAUGACAUACUUACCGAAUAUCGGAUAUCUUCUGGCGAUUACCGGGUGGAACCCUUCGCCAGGCGAGGAUACCGAUUUGCCGAAUCUGGAGUUUAAAUUCGUCAGCAACAACAUACGAUACUACAAGAGUCCCAGCGCUAAAGAAUUGGACGACACCAUCGGCGACAUACUGUUAAGAAUAAAUAAACGAGAGAGUUACAUCAUGCUGAAACUUAUGAAAUACAUAAAUAAGCACGCCGCGUCGAUCUUCAGCGCGAUUCAAUUGUGCGCCGAAUUGGACACAUUGCUGGCGUUUUGCGUGGUCGCGCAAGAACAUAAUUAUGUGAGACCAUGCGUGGUGGAGCAGCAGAUCAUAGCAGUGGAAGAGGGUCGACAUCCCCUACAAGAAUUUGCCACGACGACAUUCGUCUGUAACGACAUUCAUUCCGGAAACGGGAAGAGCCUCGUAAAGAUCUUGACCGGCCCGAACGCCUCCGGCAAGAGCACUUAUCUCAAACAAGUCGCGCUUAUUACAUUCAUGGCUCACAUCGGCUGCUACGUGCCGGCCAAAUCUGCUACCAUAGGAAUAGUGACUCACAUUCUCACUCAGCUUACGUCCAUGAAUAGCGUCGCACUCAAUACGAGCACCUUUUUGGAGGAUAUGCGACAAAUAAACUCCGCUCUUUACUCAUCCACACCGAAUUCCAUUGUGAUUUUGGAUGAAUUCGGUAAUGGUACGUCCGAGGUGAGCGGCUUGUCGUUGCUCGCCGCCGUACUGAACAACUUCAUCGAGCGUGGUGUCUACUGUCCACACGUUUUCGUGGCCACGCACAUGCAUCGUAUAACAGAUAUGUUGCCACGCAAUCCGAUAAUUGAAGAACAGACCUUCGAAUUUAUUACAAACGACGACGGCACCGUGGCGUAUCUUUACCGUCUAACUAGUGGACACGCGACACGUAGCUUCGCACAUGCAGCUGCACGAAGCGCAGGUUUGGACGAGGAAGUAGUCAAGCGAGCAUUAGAGGUGUACGACAAGUUUAAGGCUGGCGAGCUACCUUCACGACUACCGGCAGCGCAAAGACAAGAGGAGACAACGCGCAUUAUUCAACGGAUGCUAGAAUCUGAUAAUUUUGGUACAGAGUUCCUGGAGGAGUUAAAAUUGUUGAUACGACAAUUCAUGGAACCAGGUACGAGGAAGUUUUAAAAAUCCAGAUUUUUAAAUAAUACAUAGCCUAAGAAAUAAAUGUAUUAAAUUAAAAGUCGCGUUAGAUAUAAAUUUAAUAUA